AUGUCAGAUAUUGAGUCAAUUACUACUGAUAAUACUAAUGAACAAGAAACAAAGAAUAUUGGUGGAAGAUCUCAUACAUCAAUUUGGCACUUUUUUCUUGAAGGUGCAGAAAGAGAUAAAGACCAUUAUGAAGCUACAUGUUUAGCAUGUCAUUCAGCUGAUGAAAUCUGUCAAAUUUUGAAAACGGCAGAUCUUUAUGAUGAAGAAGAGGAUAUUGAUUUAGACCAGGUCAUGCUAAAUGUGAAUUUGGAAAGAUCAAAUAUUGAUGAUGAUAGUGAGAUACUAGAAGAUCAAGUUUUGAAAUUGCAAGACAUGAUAAAUUUAGAUAUCUCUCACCUAAAUCAACCAGUUAGUGAUGAAACAGAUGUGAAAAAUCCUCAAGAAGAUAAUAAUGAAUUAGAUGAAUGGAUGGUGGAUCUUGAACAAGAGGAGGAUUAUGAUCCUAAAACUGUUGCCAAUCUUUUUGUAAACCAAGAAUAG